AGUGAACAAACGUAAUAAUUUAGAAAUAUUACAUUUCAUUGUAACAAUAAUUAUUUUUUAUAAUGACAAUAAUUACUUGAUCAAAUAGCUAAAAAUAAAAAUUAUAGUUUGAAAAUAAAAUUACUUUUCUUCAUAUCAAUAAUUACGUUUGUUUUAAAAAUGGAUAAUUGCGUAUAAAUAUCACAACCUUUAGCCCAAAUCCAUUUUGCCCACGAGAUUUGAAAAAUCCAAAUUUUAUCACAACCUUUGAUAGUUGUUCAAUCUCCCCACUACCCAAUUUCUUGAAAAUUUGGAAACUACCCCAUUUCAGAAAUGAUUAUACAAAACCCCACUUUUGAGGCUAAUUGUAUAGAAAAGGACAGCAUAUUCAAAAUCUUAUGAAAUACCUAUCUAAAUUGUUUUCUUUUUAAUCAUUAAUCAAAUGACCCCACGCUUCUCGCCUAAAAUGGUAUCAGAGCCUAUAAAAAACUCCGAGCCUCUACUGCGUGAGGUCGUUCCCGAAGCGCAGCUCUCCGUAGGAGGUGUCCCUUGUAAGUCACCCAAAUCGACUUGUCGAGCCUAUCACCUGUGCAAAACACUCGUGCUCUAGGUUGGUGCAUUGGGGUGGCAAACUGAUAGGUGCCUUUUGAUGGGAACCUCUCGAUAAGAGACGGGCCGUUAAAAUGGUAUCAGAGCGGGUUUUUAUUGAGAAAUUAUAUUAUAUUUAUUUUAUUUUAUAAUUAACCUAUGUGUGAGGAGACUCCAUUAAAAAUUUAUGGAUCCGGACGAGUGUCCGAGAUGUAUUAUGUACAGGAAUUCACUCCAAAAUUUGGAGAGAGAAACUACUCGUUUAAUAGACGAGCUCAACUGGAACAAUCGAGCCCUCGUAACAAAUAUUCAGCGAGGAGAAGAUGUUGAGAUUAUUCGUGAUAUCAUCACGGGUAUUCAAUCUUAUCAUGAACACCUUAUAGGGAAAAAAACGGCAGCAGCAGCGGAAGCGCGUGGCAAAUGUGGCAUCAAAAGAGGCGGCGCUGCCCGAAGGGCACCGUGCCGAUACGGCGGAGCAUGGUGCAUGAUGUGCUGAGGGCUAAAUCCCUCUAUCAUUUCGGCAAGAAAUCAUCGAGAUAUGACGCGGCGACGGCGGCCGCCGGCCGCCGCGCUGACGCCCCUGAUGUUGUUAGUGGCAACGGCCAUGAGCACGCGCGCGAUAGCAUACACGACGGGAUCGGGAGAGGUGUACGGGGCAAAAGCAACAAUUAACGUGUGGGACCUAUCGAUAGAAGAGGUGAAUGAGUUCAGCCUCUCCCAAGUUUGGGUUCUCUCCGGCUCCUUUGAUGGCUCCAAUCUCAACAGCAUUGAAGCUGGCUGGCAGGUUAGUCCGGAGCUGUAUGGUGAUAGCAGGCCAAGACUCUUCACUUAUUGGACGAGCGAUUCAUAUCAAGCAACGGGAUGCUACAACCUCCUAUGUUCUGGAUUCAUACAAACGAAUAGCCGGAUAGCCAUCGGAGCAGCCAUCUCACCGGUGUCCUCGACCGGCGGAAAUCAAUUCGACAUCACCAUUCUCAUUUGGAAGGAUCCCAAAUUGGGAAAUUGGUGGAUGGGCUUUGGUGAUAGCACCUUAGUGGGCUAUUGGCCCACCGAGCUAUUCACCCAUCUAACGGACCGGGCCACGAUGGUCGAGUGGGGCGGCGAGGUCGUGAAUUCCCGGGCCAACGACCAACACACGUCGACCCAAAUGGGCUCGGGCCAUUACGCGGAAGCCGGGUUUGGGAAAGCGAGCUAUUUUCGUAACCUAGAGAUCGUUGAUUCUGACAACAGCCUAAGCUCGGCCCAAGAUAUAUCAACCUUGGCCGAGAACACGAAUUGUUACAACAUCAAGAGUGCCUACAACAAGGAGUGGGGCACACAUUUUUACUAUGGCGGGCCUGGAAAAAGCCCGCAGUGCCCGUAAUCAUAAGGCGGCCCGGCCCGGCCCGGCCCGAAGUCUGAAUUCUUUGUUUAGCUUACUAAGAUUUGUAGAAUUGGUGCUAUUUCCAACCAUGUUUUUGCUCGUUUCGAUUUUCAAGUUUUGUAUGUGUUUGUGGGGAAGGAAAUGUAAUAUAUUAGCAUAAAACAGGUAAGGAAAUAGCUAUAUUUUAUUUGGAAAAAAGGUAAUUAUUAAUCGUAUAAAGUGUGGUUUUGUAUUUC